AUGAAUCUGGGGAUCACUUUUUGUUUACUAUUUUUUAUUGCUAUUUCCCUUGUGAAGGCAUCCCUUCCUAGAGAGGUGCUUUCUGAAAGGGCCUCAAAUUCGAACGGAAAUAUUAUUACAAUAAAUUCAGAUGAAUUCGUGAGCGUGUUUGAUGGUGCUGGAGAUCGUGAUUACUAUCUUGCAGUUGAAUUUACUGCUGCCAGUCCCGAUUCAAGAUGUGAAUUGUGUAAGACCCUUCAUCCAAUAUUUGAAAGUGUUGCAUACACCGUUGGAAAGAAAGUUACAAAUGCUAAUGUUUAUUUUGUGGAAAUUGAUGCGAAAGAUCAUUUGGCAAAAAUGAAAGAAGCCGGUUUGAGGGAUAUUCCAAAACUAUGGAUAUAUCCUCCAUUUGAUAGUGUAUACAAAUCAAGUAAUGCAGAUCCUUAUGACACACGAUUACCAUUUCCUUCAAAUAUAAAUUUGACAAGCGCACAUUACGAAUUCAAUGUUCCCCAAGGGGCACCAGUCGGUGAUUAUGAACUUUUAUACGCCAAGUUUGUUUCAAGUAUUUGCAAUGUCAAUGUGCACAUAGACAAAAAGACAGAUAUCUCAUCAAUUUUAAAGUCGUUUAUAAUAUUUACAGUUGUUUUCAGGUUGUUGAAGAAGAAAUACAGCAAUUUUUCAGAAAUGCUCACGGACAAAAACAUGUAUAUAUGCAUUUGUCUAUUUUUGAUCUAUAUAAAUAUGUCUGGUUUUAAUUUCUGCAUCCAAAGAGGAGUUCCAUUUCUUACACAAAGCAAAAAAGGCAAAGUUCAGGUGCUUGCUGGAGGUGCUCAAUAUCAGCAAGGUAGUGAGAUGAUUAUCAGCAUUCUUUUUCAGCUUGGAUUUACUGUAAUGUUAGCAGCACUCAUAGUUGUUCCGCAGUACUUCUCUGGACCAAAUGCUUCACUAUUCAUAAUAUCAGCUUCUACAGGACUAUUUCUACUAUACAACGUGUUCACCACAAUGUUUAUUGCAAAAGACCAUGAUUAUCCGUUUAAUGCGAUCGAAAUGUUCCAUCAAGAACUCUGA